CAAGCACACAUGAUUCAAAGAUCAUCCCGUUUUCAUCUCACGGCCUCAUCGGGAUGAGUUGAUCCAUGCGUCGUCCCCCAGAUCUCCGGGAGCGAGCAAUAGGAAAUCGUCCCAUAUUCAUCCCUGUGAGAGCUGCCUGCGAGAAUGCAGACGCCGCGAACCCUUCGCGCCUCCAAUUGCGCUUGCACGGUACGCAACUGCGGCUGCAUUUCGUAACGUUACUACGUGAUCCUUAAUAUGGUCGUUACCGAACACGAUGUAAAAUUUAUCAAUUUCAUUCUUCAUAUUUACGCAUGGCACAUCCAGUAUUUUGUGGUUUUAAUAAGAUACGCGACUUGCGCGGCUUCUAGGCGGCCAGUGGGAGCGAUAUUCAAACGUUCAAACCGUUAGCAAGCUCGUCCGGGUUGCAGGAUGGAGGUGUUGUGGUGUGAUGUUACAAUUGUGAGCGAGUUGUGCGUUGUGUUGUGAGUUGUGUGAGCGAGUUGAAUUGUGUUCAUUUGUUUGACUGCUUGUGAGUGUAGCUGGGAGAAAAGACACCACUCUGGAACCAGACUGUACGCUAAGGUGCCAAAAAAAUGUGGAUGCCAUCACGCACAUCUCGACAAAAUGUCAGUGUCCCCGUGAGUAAAAGCCUGCAAGCAAUACGUUACGUAAGGUACAGCGCCGAAACUAACAAUGUGACGGCAUCGAGGGUAGCCGGUACCCUCAGUCAGGCACGUUAAUACGAGUAACAGCGGUCCAAUGCUCUUGGAACACGGCGCGUUUCUAAUCCGCAAUUCUCAAACAAGUGGUUCGCAUGUCACGGACAUUUAUGAAGACACUUCCGAUGAAGGUAUAGAAGGAGAAGUACAUGUGUUACACCAGCUAUGGUCACAUAUGGCUCAUUUGAGCAACGCUUGUACGGAACAGGCUUUACCGAUGGCAAAGUGUCGAUGACUAAAGUGCAUGGACGCUUGUACAGAUGUUCAGUCAGAGGUGCAAUUCUGAAGGACACUCUCCGCUAACAUACAUGGACUUGAGCGACGUUCAAGGUAAAUUAAUCUAUAUUACCACAAUUUAGGAAGCGCAGAGUCAGUAUAUUUUUGUUUGUAGAAAAUUCUGUCACGCCAACUUCUGCAGCAUGACUGUUCUCCCGAACUGAAAGACCUCCCUUGUAUGUCAACGUCAAAAAUCGCAGACCAAUCCAAGAUGUGCCGCCUCCACCUACUUGGCAACCUUAUUCUCACCGUAUGAUUCAUUCCAGUGUUUCAUGGCCUUGCAUUGAACGUGUUGUACUUUAACGCUGGUAAAAUUAAGACAUUCAUCAUGCAGUGAAUGAAGCUGGGCAUCCGGACCCUGAAUUUCCCAUCGGGAGUCCCACACAGUCCGCCAAGUAUACAACGAUGCAAUGGCAGACGAGGGAAAUGAAUGAGCGUCUACUUCAGCCAGUGGGGCAGUCAGCCCAGCUGUCUCAGUCCCAGCGAAUAAGGCAACCAGACGCACAAACUUCACAGUAUGCUGUGCGUAUCCCACGCAGAAAUCAACCAGAUGAGUGGCCCCUCCCCCGUACUGCUGCAGUGUAUAUCCUGCACAUGAUGCCAACAUCUUGCAGCGGAGCAGAUGCUUUGCACAUCGGUCACAGGUCUUAGGGUGUUAAUAGGUGCUUCUCGAGGGCUGUCUCAGGAGAUCUCCCCACAUCGGAACUCAAGUGCUCAGAAUUGUGCAUACCAUGAAGCUUAUUCAGGAGCACCACACCGUGCGGCUUGACCUCAUAUCGGCCAAGUUAACAACGGCACCAAC